AUGGGUGGAUUUGAAAUCAUCAACCUGAUCACUUUCCCUAACAGAUCUUUUCAGAAAGUUAGAGUUGGAGACUUGGAUCCCAGUGCUCCAAAAGGGAAAGAAUUAUUCAUUGAUGAAGAGAUGAUUGUCUGGCACCCAGCUUUUAACCAGGUUCUUCCAAUUUCUCUGUGUAAUGAUCCUUGUUCCCCUGGAUACUGGAAGAAAGGGGUUGAAGAAAAAGAAUUCUGUUGCUACGACUGUGUUCCAUGUCCAGAAGGGAAGAUUUCAAAUCAAAAUGAUAUGGAUGACUGUUUUGUAUGUUCAGAAGAUCAUUAUCCAAAUAAAGAAAAGAACAGAUGUAUCCUAAAAAUGAUGGUCUUUCUAACUUUUGAAGAAAUCUUAGGAAAUUGUUUAGCCUUGACUGCUGUUUGUUGUUUCUUCUUGACAUCUUGGGUACUUGGAACAUUUAUUAAGCACCGGGAUACUCCCAUUGUCAAAGCCAACAACCGGUCCCUCACCUACACCCUCCUUAUCUCUCUUCAGCUCUGUUUUCUCUCCUCUUUGUUCUUCCUCAGCCAACCUAGCAAGGUGACCUGCCUUCUCCGACAACCAACUUUUGGCAUCACCUUCUCAAUAGCCAUUUCUAGUGUUCUGGUCAAAACUAUCACUGUAGUUGUUGCUUUCAUGGCCUCUAAGCCAGGAUCUCAAAUGAGGAAAUGGGUGGGGAAAAGAUUAGCUUUUUGCACUGUCCUUUCCUGUUCUCUUUUCCAAGUGUGUAUUUGUAUUCUGUGGUUGUCAACAUCUCCACCAUUCUCUGAGUUGGACAUGCAUUCAGAGCUCCAAGAAAUGAUUUUACAGUGCAAUGAGGGGUCAGCUUUCUUUUUCUACUGUGUCUUGGGCUACAUGGGUGUCUUGGCCAUCGCCAGCUUUGUUGUGGCCUUUCUUGCCCGUAAAUUACCUGACAGCUUUAACGAAGCCAAGUUCAUCACCUUUAGCAUGUUGGCCUUUUGUAGUGUAUGGGUUUCUUUCUUUCCAGCCUAUCUGAGCACAAAAGGUAAAGCCAUGGUAGCUGUGGAGGUCUUCUCCAUCUUGUCCUCCAGCGCUGCAUUACUUGGAUGCAUAUUUUUACCAAAAUGCUACAUCAUUGUUUUUAGGCCUGAGUUAAACCAGAGAGAGCAACUUAUAAAGAGGACUUAG